GCUCGUUGUCCGGUGGGACCCACCACGCCCGCAGACCCCGCAGCAGACCACUCUUGAGGAAACACAUCCUCGUCCAUAUGACGCGUUUCUUGGCUCUGCGGCCAGCGGCCCGCGCCUUCCAGCUAAAAGUGAUGAGGAAGCUGCGGCGAAGACCUGUGCUCACUGGAAAUAGUGCCGCACCCCGCGCGGUGAUCCAUAGGCACACAAUGUUGCACCUCUCGUGGCCUGCCGGGUCGCUCGUGGCGUGGCCUGGCGUGGCGUGGAUCCCAAGGAUGAGCGCGCGCGCGUGCAGAUGGCGACGCGAUAGACGAACGCGCGCCCGAUGCAAGAUGCACAAUGCGACACGCGAGGUGUAUCAUUUGCGGCGCACGUGACCGACCGUCGAGAGGACCCCGGCGGCGUGUGAGGGCGUCAUGCUCCCCCCGCACCGACGACCCCUCCUGCUCCGCCGCCGCCAGUGAUGACGUCCUCCGCCGUCUUCCACAUCGGGGGCGCCGGGGGCGGCGCCUCCCCCGCCGCCUCCCACUACUCGUGGAGCAUCCAGCACGCCCCAACCACCGGCCUGGGAGCACCCCUGGGCUCGUCGCUGGGAACGCCCCUGGGAACGCCUCUGGGCACGCCCCUGGACGGCAGCGACAUCUCACGCGCGCUGUCCCCGCCGGUCCUGGACGGCUCCUGGAGCAGCAGUAGCAGCAGCGUCUGGCCGGCGCCGUCCUGGCAGUCGGGCGUCGGCAGUGACCUCCGGGGCCCCUACCACCACGACCCGUACCGAGCGCACGACCCGCUCCGUGGCACGUUCCACCAGGACCAGGACGGCCUGCAGGACACGCUCGCGGCCCGGCCGCUGCAGCUGCCCGACGACGCCAUCCUGGGCCAGCCCUACGACGGCAGCAGCGGUUUCCGUGAGGACCACCCCUUGCCGCCGGUGCAGUGGCUGUCGCCCCCGCAGGAGGCGGUGCAGCCCGCCGACGCCGCCGCCGCCGACCCCUGGCAGCAGCGCGGGCCGCCGCAGUGGAGCUCGUCAGGACAAGGAGUCGUGUCCUUGCUGCCAUGGUUCCUGGGCAUGUCGGUGGUCGGCGGCGCGGACGCCCCCGGCACCACGCCCGUCCGCGGAAGCUCGAAUAGGCCGACGAUCAAGCGACCGGGAGGUGGCGCCAACCGGCCCGGGUCGCGCCCCGGUCCCGCCCGCCCCGGCACCAGGACGGGCGCGCCGGCGGGCGGGGGCGCGGGGCCGACGCGCGGCCAGGGCCCCGGCACCACGACCACGAGCAACGGUCGGCUGCAGGAGCUGUACCGAUGGAAGAGGGUGGACUACGACUUCCCCGACGAGGCGACGCGCGCCAAGGCCGUCGCCAACGGCGACUACAACCCCGACAACAACCUACCCCUCGGGGUGGAGGCGUACAAGGACAGGAUCUUCGUCAGCAUCCCGCGAUGGAAGCCGGGAGUGCCGGCAACCCUGGCCUACGUGUCCAGGUACCCCGAGGGAAACACUUCGCCCAAGCUCAAGCCGUACCCCGACUGGUCGUGGCACCGCGUGCCUCGCGCCGGCCAGAACGACUCGUGCCAGGCGCUCACGUCGGUGUUCCGGAUGACGGCCGACGAGUGCGGCCGCCUCUGGGUCAUCGACAGCGGCGCCGUGGACGCUAUCGGCGACAUCCGGGUCGUCUGCCCGCCCCAGAUCGUCAUCUUCGACCUCAAGACGGACAGGCUGCUCUGGAGAUACGUCAUCCCCAAGUCCCAGACCAAACCCGAGUCACUCUUUACCAACAUCGUGGUGGACAUCCGGGACGGCCAGUGCGACGACGCCUUCGCGUACGCCGCCGACGUGUUCCGCUACGGCCUGCUUGUGUACAGCUGGCGGGAGGACCGCUCCUACCGCCUCACGCACAACCUCUUCUUCCCGGAUCCUAUCGCGGCCAGGUUUGUGCUGGACAACACGACGUUCCGUUGGAUGGACGGCAUCUUCGGACUUGCCCUGUCCCCCAUCGAUAAGGAGACCGGCGACCGCACCAUGUUCUUCCACCCCAUGGCCUCGUUCCGCGAGUUCGCCGUGCAGACCUCCGUCAUCCGGAACGAGACGUUCGCCAACGACAACCCGGACGAGUUCAAGUUGCUCGGCGCCCGCGGCCGCAACCAGUCGCAUUCGUCCGCCUCCGCCAUGGACCGGCGCGGGGUGCUCUUCUUCAACCUGGUGACGCAGGACGCGCUAGGCUGCUGGGACUCGGCCAAGCCCUACGGCCGCUCCUCCGUCGGCCACGUGGCCCAGGACAGCGCGCUGCUCAACUUCCCCAACGACCUGAAGGUGGACCGAGAGGAGCCGCAGAACAUCUGGCUCCUCUCCAACCGCCUGCACCUGUACCUGUACCGCAGCCUAAGCCCGGACGAGUACAAUUUCCGCAUCCUGACCGGCACUGUGGAAAAGGCCACCGAGGGCACCAUCUGCGACCCUCUCAAGAUAGGACCCAAGACAUCCGUACCAAAGGAGAUCGACGCCUGCGAGGACCUGUGACGGGCCUCGCCUCCACAAGCCAUACAUGACGUGACGUGUGCCCUGUCACUGUGAUACAACGAACAUUUUUUUGUCAUUCUGUUUGUAGGUCAGAGUUGAGAAAGGAUGAUAAUAAUAUAAUUAAAUUAUUUUCUAAUCGUUA